GGCGGCGGGCAGCGCUCGCUGGGCUUGCAGCGCUCGCUGGGCUUGCAGCGCUGCCCCGCGGCGCCCCUGGAAGCUUUUCGGGGCCAUGUGCCUGUUGAGGCUUCCCCGAAUCACGCAGCCUCUGGAAAAGGAGGAGGAAGAAGUGGCGGCGCUCAUGGAGCAGAUAGAGCUGGAGAAGAGCCUGUAUUCAGAUCAUGAAAUGCGUAAGCUGGAGGAGGAGGAGCAGCUCAAGAGGAAGAUGGAAAGCUCGUAUGAUGAGGAUGAGGCUCGUGGCAAGACGGUCAUCAUGGCUCAAGACCUGGAGGAGAAGUGGGAGCAGAGGUUCCUGCAGUUCAAAGCUGCCCCGCGGAUAACAGGUACAGCCUGGAGUUCGUGGUGGGUGAGG